AUGGUUUCCAAGCUCCUUGAGGCUCUGUCUAGGGAAUUCCGCACCGGGGUUCCAUGGGAGCUCCUCUACGCUGAUGAUCUUGCUGUGAUUGCGGACUCACUGGAGGAGUGUCUCUUCAUUUUGAAAUGUUGGAAGGAUGGUAUGGAAAGCAAAGGGCUGAGGGUCAAUAUGAAGAAGACAAAGCUCUUGAUCACCGGUCCUGGACUGAAUCUCCUACUUGACGCUGGAGCAUAUCCCUGUGCGGCACGUCCAAUUGAUGGAAGACCAGUUACCCAGGUGGUCGUCGACGGCUCACAGCUGGAUGAUGAGGACAGCUUCUGCUAUCUGGGUGACACGCUAUGUGCUAGGGGAGGCUGA